AUGGCGCCCGUUAUUGAUAGCUCGGCCAUCCCUGGCACGGUCACGCUUGUUGACGUGCAACACAUUCUGAAUACACGUCACGUGGAUGGUGGAAAUGGUGAUAUUGUUCUUAUUCCGAGUCCGUCGGCGGACCCGAAUGAUCCCCUGAAUUGGAGUUCGAAAAGGAAGCUCCUGUCAACAGUCUGCGUGAGCGUGUAUACAUUGUUCGCUGGUAUUGCCUGUUCGGUUGUUUACUCCGUUGAAACCGAACUGUCCAAGCAGACCGGAUUGCCGGUCAGCACGAUCAAUGAAGGCACGGGGUAUAUGUUCUUGCUGGCGGGAUGGGGACUUCUUUUCUGGCAGCCAUUUUCGAUGCAAUAUGGCAAGCGACUGACAUACAUCCUGUCGCUGGCAGGCAUUUUGGGCACGACCAUGUGGGGACCCUAUGCAAACACUAACGGUCAAUGGAUCGCCCGAAACGUCCUAUCGGGCUUUUUCACUGCCCCCAUCGAAGCCCUCCCGGAGAUUACGGUAACAGACGUCUACUUCACACACGAACGAGGAACAUACAUGGGUCUAUACGCCUUCUUCCUGGCUGGCAGCAACUACUUUGCACCUGUCAUCUGCGGUUUCAUCGCCCAGUACCAAGGCUGGCAGUGGGUAUUCUACUGGCCCAGUGUCUUUGUCGGCUGCGCCAUGGUCUUCCUAUUCUUUUUCAUGGAAGAGACCAACUAUGUGCGGGAACAAACCGAAGAUGCCAUCAUUGCCAAUGUGCGGCUCGGCUCUUCCCACGACUUUCAAAGCAGCGACCCGGAGAAGGCUGAGCCGAAGACUGAGCCCGUUUCACCCGGAACUGGGCAAAUCUACACAAAGAAGACUUAUGUGCAGAAGCUCGCACUUUUGGGUCCGAAGCAGAAGCAGAAUAACAUGUUCCGACAGUUUUGGCAGACUUUAUAUUAUCUUUCUUGGCCGGUCAUUUUCUACGCCGGAUUCUCUUACGGGUCGUAUUUGAUUUUAUUCAAUAUCUUGAAUGGAACUGCCUCGAUCAUUCUGGGCGGACCACCAUAUAACUUCGGUUCUUCUAUGGUCGGUCUGAGCUAUCUAGCGUGCUGCCUAGGUGUGGCUAUGGGAUCCCUCUUCACAGGUCGAUUCAGUGACUGGCUGACCAUUAAACUGGCCCGUCGUAACGGAGGCAUCAUGGAGGCCGAGCACCGUCUAUGGCCAUUCCUUGCAAAUCUACUCCUGGUGCCCGGGUCCCUACUUCUCUGGGGCGUGGGCGCUGCACACGACGUACACUGGUUCGGGCUGAUUGUGGCCAUGUGUAUACUGGCCUUCACCAAUACCUGCGGUAUUACCCUGAGUGUCAACUACAUGGUAGACAGUUACCGGGAGCUGAGUGGAGUAGCGAUGGCGAGCGUGAUUUUGGUGCGCAACACCAUGGCCUUUGCGAUUGGCUACGGUAUUACGCCGUGGAUCGAGGGCAUGGGCUACCAGAACUGCUUCAUCUCUGCAGCCUUCGUCGGUAUGGCAUGUGCGGCGGUCUUCCUUGUGAUGAUCAAGUAUGGCAAGGCAUGCCGAGUGCGGAGUCGGGAGAAGUACUGGCAGAUUGUGCAGGAGAACUGGGAGAAGGGGAUGGGCCAUUAG